UCAUCGCACGUGUUGGUUCUCCGAGCCUCUGUCUCUGACCUUCGAGUAGCGAUGUUUCCGGUAAACUGACUCGCCUUCGUCGCCAUCUCGAGCUUAUCAUUCGCCAUGAAUCACGAACCAUCGCGUAUUUAGUGCUGUUCGGUGUGCACCGACAUAUUUUUUCUACAAAUCGAGUAUGUACGUUAUGUGCGAGUAACCCACGCGUUUGAAGCAUGGCGAUCAUGCAAUCCUGUUGCUGCUGGCGGUCAGUGAGAAGGGGCAGUUUCGCGUGCGCUAUUUAUUCAGGGAUUUACUUCAUAGUGCUGGCACUGACCACGGGCAGCGUGCUCCAAGAGGAGACGGAAUACUUGAAAGGGAAUCGCUCCUUGCCUGAGUCCACGAGCUUCCUCGAGCCGGACACCAUCUCCCCAACGACGGUACGGAUUAACGUGACGCUACUUGUAUGCUCGUGCUGCGGUGUGGUUUGCAGCAUCCUGCUUCUCUAUGGCCUGUUUAAGGAUCAACGUGUCUUCCUCAUGCCCUGGAUCAUCACUGUCAUCGCGACAUGCCUCGUCGACGUGGCGCAUUCCUUGUACCUGUUCGUCGCUGUUUCCACUCUUGACCCGACGAAAGUGAUGCUUUAUACGCUGAGCUUCUUCCUUCUCUGUCUGAACGUAUAUUCGGUGUUGUGCGUCAUCUCGCAGUAUCAAGAAUACGUGGCUGGUCGAGGCACCGCCGCGGAUGACUACGAGUAUAGGGUCAGUAUUCUGAGAGUCUCACCGCGGAAACAGGAACGGGAUAAGGGACGAAAAGUUCCAGCAGUGAGGUACGCAACGCAGCCACCGACUACGACCGCUACAUCUUGCUUGAGCUCCCGUCGUACAGCGACCAACAACGAAACCAAAGCGACCGCAACACCGACGCAGAGUUUCACGACGGGUCAGAACGCUCAUUCGUUGGAGAAGAGUCCUGUCUCGGCUCGUCCGCCUAGGAAGCACGUCCAAUUUCCCGACACGGCCUCGGAAUGUCAAAUGAGUAAAACUGAGAGUACGGUCACGGUGCUGGUGUCCAAAAUAGAGACCCCCAACGCGAUACUAACAUCCUCGUUCAAAGAACUACCGGCGAAGGAUCAAACUCUCCCACCCGAGAAGAACAACCUAAUUCAACACACCUGAACCACGACCAACUCUGUCAAACGUUGACGCCAAUUAAAGGACAUUCUCGUCUCAUAACGGGAGAUUAGCGCAAAACGGAAUCGAUUCACCGACGCCCCGCCAUGAAUUCGAUGAAUAAAUUAUCCUCGAAAGGACAUAUCCACUUGUACGAGCCAAACUCCGUCAAAGGCGAGACUGACGGUCGAACAGCCACGUUGUGCUGGUUCGCUCGAUGGUGAUUUGGUCCACGGCCAGUUCCAACCGCGAAUUGGUUCCGACCAAUAGAAUCCGCCGAUCAAUCGUCCAACAGUUGUUCAAGUUUCUCAUGACACACUUAUCGAGUUCCACGAUGACGCGACUUUGCUGGACCAUUUGUCAUAAGGAGCAGAUGUUAUCACUCGAAGUCUCGAAGAAUCGAAGAUUGGGACGUACGUUCGAGUUCGAGUCCUGAACGCAUUCCCAGGAAACAUUGUCUCGGGACAUCGGCGACGAGGAAUUUCAAUGGACCAAAAUUUCGUCUGCAUUCAGUUUUAAAUUACUCGCCGUACGGAGAGUCGUUCGAGUGGUGAGCGGGCUCGCAUCGCGUGCCUGGGAUGUUUGAGCAGGGAAAACGAAAGCUUUUACGCUAAUGGAUCGCACAAAUGACCCGAGAAACGGCGACCAGUUAUGGAUUACGACGUUUUGACGAGUCGACGCUCCACUGGAAAAUUCUAGUGGACUCGUCGAGAUGUUCAAUACUUGGCUCGAGAUAUAUAAGAGUUAGAUGUUGGUAAGCAGAUUCAGUGAGAAGAUUCCCUAAGGACAAACUUUCUUGGAAUUAAACGGGGGUUUCGAGUAUGUAACCUCGAUGAAUAGAAGGACGAAGAGAGGCCUUGACCUCUGGCCUUGAUAGGAGGCAUGUUAAGAAACGGUCCACCGACCUUAACGUACAUCACUUGCUUCGAGAACUGUUCUUCGAGGAAUUCGAGAUGGGUUUUAAGAAAAUUACUCGUGGUUGAUGUUGCAAUGCCACGAGAAAAUAGACAUAUUCUCUCUGUGAACCUAAAAACAUCGCGUAAGAAGGCAAAAUCGAGUUCAACAGAAUAGAAUCCACUGAUAACGUUUGCACGAGUGUCGAUCAAUGAGCAUCUGUCUUCCCAUCGAGGACGUUUCAGUGGUUCUUUCGCCAAGUACCAAGAAGCUUUCGAAUUUCUCAAGAUACUCCAAAACGUCUUGACGUCUUUACUUCUCUAAGUCUAUCGAAUCAGACUACAAAAGUGUAAUAAAUUCUCGCGACGAAGGAUAGUCGAUCGUAUUUUUGUACUUGCGCAUUUUCAGACAAAAACGAAUGUGUCAUCCCUAGUUUUCUUUCCAGUCUUCAUUUCAGUUUAUUGGAAUCGUAAACAUCGUCCAUUCCGGAGACACUUCAAAUUCGACUGCGUUCCGACAUGAAUUUAUAGCUCGAUUCUCGAUUACCAGACAGUACGUAUCCUCGAAUGUAUAUAUUAUUGUAAAUUUAAUCGUGUUACAGUACCUGUUUGUAUAGAUUUCGAAGAGGACUUUUAAAAGGCUGUUUGAACAUUUUCAAUAAAUAAUUUAUGUGGUUUUUUAA